AUGAAACAGCCAGGUCGCUGGACUCGCCGCUCCUGUGACAGCGGAGAGCAGUACAUUCAACAGCUGCAGCUCUCCGCUGGCAGCCGUACACAUCACCACCACCAAACCUGCAGCGGCAUCGCAGAACACACCCUGCCACAUACCCCUGCCAGCUUCACCCCACCCCGCGAGCGGGCGAGGGAAUCGCCCGGACCGUCGGCGCCCAUUCCCCGCCCAGCGACGGGAAGUGUCCACUUGGCGGUCGCCCGCGCCUCCAGUGGAAGCCCGGGAGCUGGCCUGAUGGCCAGCCAUAUGGCAAGCAGAGGCGGCGGAGCAGGAGUGGAAGUGAGCCGGGGCUCAGAGGCAGCUGGGCAGACGGCCAAGCGGACAGCAUGCCGCCCUCAGGCAGGACCCCGCGCACCUCGACCUCCAUCUCCAGCUUGGCAGGUCCCGCUGGCGCGCCAGCCUCCGGCUCACCCCGAGCCCGCCGCUGUCCACCCACACAGUGAUCACACGGUUGCUACAAGGCCGUUGUACUGCAGGAUUAACCAAAGUGUACCAGUCCUGGACCAUUUUUUUAGCCAGGAGGAUCCCAGGCCUGAUUUUCGGCUAAGCAGGGAGUCCCUGGCAGUGUUGUUAAAUCUCCUGAACCAGGAUCGGCGGCAUGGAUGGGGUGCCACAAUUGAGAUCCUGGUGUUUCUUUUCUGGUUGGCAAGUGGAGCAUCCUACAGGGUGGUCUCAAGAGUGUUUGGGAUGCCUCGUUCCACUGUCCACUACAUCGUCCACCGAGUCACGAAAGAGGUGUUGGCCAUUCGCUACCUGGUCAUCCACCUCCCAACAACCCCAGAGGACCUGGAGGUAGUGUCCCGUGGGUUUGCAGGGCUGGCACGCCACAGAGCCUUUAUGAAAGCGGUGGGUGCAAUCGACGGCUGCCACAUACGCAUCAAGUGUCCAAGUGGCCCUGAUGGUCAGUGCUAUAGGAACAGAAAACUGUUUCCAUCAAUCAUCUUGCAGGCGGUUUGUGACCUGCAAGAUGGUCACAAACCGCCUGCACAUACGUGCCGCUUCAUCGACACAUACGUGGGCUGGCCUGGGUUGGUGCAUGAUUCCAGGGUGCUCCGCCACAGCCCACUGUACAGUCAGUCAGUCUACCCUCCUCCAGGGCAUUUCAUCCUCGCAGAUGGAGGGUACCCAUGCCUCCAGCAUCCACUCCCCCUCAUCACACCCUACAAGAGGCCAGUCCAAGGUGUGGGAGCCCAGCGCUUUAACAGCCAUCAUUCCAGGGCACGCUCCAUAACAGAGCGUGCUUUUGGGAUGAUGAAGAGCAGGUUCAGGGCCAUCUUCCUGCAAGCGCUGGAGGUGCACCACACCUUUGUACCUCAUGUAAUAACAGCAUGUGCCAUCCUCCACAACAUUUGCCUCAGUGCUGGCGACAUUGUGGCUCCUGAGGAUGAACCUGAGGAAGAUGGAGCAGAGGAUGAUGAGGGGGAUGCUGGAUUGGAGGCAGUCAGUGGUGCUCUGUGGCGGGACCAGCUGUCUCCCGAGGUGUCUGCCCUGGAGGAGGUACCACCAGACCAUGACUACUGUUAACAGUGGUGUGGCAGCCGUCGAUUAAGUCAGCCCUGCAAACCAGUGGAUGGACGAUGCCGUGGACAGAGGGAGGAAGCAUCCUAAAACUCUCUUUGCAGACCACCCUGUGCGAUUCUCCACUUUCUGACCAGAAAAGACAAACCACGCUUCACAGUCGCAGCACCCCAUCCAUGUCUGAUCUUCCUUCAGCAAAUCCAGCAACACUGCCAGAGAUUUUCUGUUUGUGUGAUCUUUCAAAGUAUAUUUUUAAGAAAACGGUCCAGGAACAGGUCACUUUGGUUAAUCCUG